AUGGGUGACAUUGAAUGGGGGAGGACGGGCUACAGCGGCGGUGACCGUUCAUGUUUUUCUCAGAAGUUCUUCAUUAGCGAUGCCAAAACCAUUUCAAGUGGUGCAUCUCUAACGAGAAUAUGUUCCUACCACAAACUGGCAGGGCAAGAUUGCGUAGAUUUUCUACUCAAAAAAGGUCAAUUGGAGGAAGAUGACAUUGAUGACUACGAUGGCACAAAGAGUUCCAAAAUGACGGCAAAUGUUGAUUACUCAAAUGAUGACGGUUACUUAGCUGAGGCACUCAGAGAUAAGAGGGUGAGAUUCGGCAAGAGGGUUGUGCCGAAACCAAGAAUGGGUUGA